UCCUAAGAUUUUUUCUACUUUAUAUACCAUCUCCAUUUUCUUGCGAGAAAAUUUUCAGUUUCAUUAUACGACACCGUGCAGCUUAUAACAUCGGUGCAAGUACAAAGGCCUCACGAUUUCUUACUCGUCACUCCAAUCUCUCCCCCGAUUCAUAUUUCAUACACCAAGACUACAAGAAAAUAUAUCCCAAAUCGCGUCCGGUAAUGGCAACAUCUGCUAUAGUAAUGGAACCAAAGCCUUCGUCCGAGCCACCGCCUUCGUUCCCCUCCACUAGAUCAGACCUCCAUGGCGUCUCGACGGACCAGACCUCCGACGAGGACGACCUUUACAGCCGCCUGAAGUCGUUGCAGCGGCAGCUGGAGUUCAUCGACAUCCAGGAGGAGUACGUGAAGGAUGAGCAGAAGAAUCUGAAGCGCGAGCUCCUCCGCGCCCAGGAGGAGGUCAAGCGGAUCCAAUCGGUGCCCCUGGUGAUUGGGCAGUUCAUGGAGAUGGUCGAUCAGAACAACGGCAUCGUCGGCUCUACCACCGGCUCUAAUUACUACGUGAGGAUUCUUAGCACCAUCAAUCGGGAGCUUCUGAAGCCCUCCGCUUCGGUCGCGUUGCACCGCCACUCGAACGCCCUCGUCGAUGUUUUGCCCCCCGAAGCCGACUCCAGCAUAUCGCUGCUCAGCCAGUCCGAGAAGCCUGACGUCACAUAUAACGAUAUUGGAGGAUGUGAUAUUCAAAAGCAGGAAAUUCGUGAGGCAGUGGAGCUACCCCUGACUCACCAUGAGCUAUACAAACAAAUUGGUAUAGAUCCUCCUCGUGGUGUUUUGCUUUAUGGACCACCCGGAACUGGUAAAACUAUGCUUGCCAAGGCUGUUGCUAACCAUACAACUGCGGCCUUUAUUAGAGUUGUUGGCUCUGAAUUUGUUCAGAAGUAUCUGGGGGAGGGCCCAAGGAUGGUACGUGAUGUUUUUCGCCUUGCUAAAGAGAAUGCACCUGCAAUUAUCUUCAUUGAUGAGGUUGAUGCUAUUGCCACGGCUAGAUUUGAUGCCCAAACUGGUGCUGACAGAGAAGUUCAGCGGAUUCUCAUGGAACUACUGAAUCAGAUGGAUGGGUUUGAUCAGACAGUGAAUGUUAAGGUUAUCAUGGCAACUAAUAGAGCAGAUACUUUGGACCCUGCACUUCUUCGUCCUGGAAGGCUUGACAGAAAAAUAGAAUUCCCUUUGCCCGAUAGACGACAAAAGAGGCUUGUAUUUCAGGUUUGCACUGCAAAAAUGAACCUUGGUGAUGAAGUGGAUCUGGAGGACUAUGUUUCUCGCCCAGACAAAAUUAGUGCUGCUGAGAUUGCAGCUAUUUGUCAAGAGGCAGGAAUGCAUGCAGUUCGGAAGAACAGAUAUGUCAUACUUCCCAAGGACUUUGAGAAGGGGUACCGAACCAAUGUGAAGAAGCCCGAUACUGACUUUGAAUUUUACAGAUGAUGAUGAUGAUGAUGAUGAGAGAGAUGGAAAGCCCAUUCCAAAAGUUCUUUGUUAAUUUUGGAGGUGUCAUAUCUCAAAACAAUUCUUACUACAUAUGUUGCACAACUUUUUUUUUCCCUUAUUUUGACUUAGUUGAACAGUUUUUGUUCCAUGUCUUGCCAAAACAGCUGUAAACUACUGAAAUUUCAUGUUAGGCAGCAAGGUGAGACCUUUUAGGUCUAUUGAUUCAACCAACUAGGAUGCUAGUCCAGGUUGGUUGGUUUUCA